GUACGUCUUUAAUAAUGCCUGCCUUUUCGCUUCGAAUUAUUGAUGCAAGUUAUUAUAUGGAGAAACCUAUACAAGGGUUAGAUUUCUGUUUUUCAGAAUUUCGGCAAACUGCAAUUUACCAUGUUCCUGUGAUACGCAUUUUUGGUACAACACCUCUUGGACAAAAAUCUUGUCUUCAUAUUCAUCAAAUCUUUCCAUACUUAUAUGUUCCUCUACCCGCUGGUGUUGAUAAUGGUUUAAGAUUUUGUAAAGAGUUUGCAAUGAGUUUAGAUUCUGCACUAACAAUUUCUUUUGGGAAAAGUGUAUCACAACAACGUCAACAUGUUUUCAAAGUUGAGAUAGUAAAAAAAAUACCGUUUUAUGGGUAUUACAAGAAUGAGAAGGAUUUUCUUCAAGUUUAUUUAUAUAAUCCCAAUCAUGUUUCAGUAGCUGGAGAUUUGCUCAUAAAUGGCUCAGUAAUGAAUCAGUUCUUUCAACCUUUUGAAACACAUAUACCAUUUAUUCUUCAGUUUUUUAUUGACUACAAUUUGCAUGGAAUGAAUUUUAUUAAUCUUUCGAGCGUUUUGUUUCGAACACCACUACCAAAAAAAGAUACAGUUUCUAAUUUAACUUUUUCAAGUCCACAAACUUCUGACUUGUUUCAGUCUCCUUCAAUUAAAAAGUCAAACUUUGAAGUGUUUACUGAAGAAACUAUCCAUGAGUCACAUUUGCUGUAUGUAAAAAAGCAAAGUACUUGUGCAGUGGAGGUAGAUGCAAUUGAAUCAGCCAUUUUAAAUAAAAAUAGUAUCAUGGAAAAUAUUGGAACUAAUCCUGGUUUAAAUGAGUUAUGGGAAGACGAAAAGCAACGACUAAGAGACAACCAUGAAAAUUCUAUAAUUAAGAUUAGUGAAUCUCAAGAUAGAGAAGAAUUUAUAACCAACGAUGAAAAGCUGAGUCUUAAAAAACUAAAAGGCAUCAUUGAUGAAAGAAGAUUAAAGUUAAGUGAAGAUCUAUUAAAUUUAUCAACAACUUCAGAUCAAGGUUCUUGUUUUAACAGUUUAUUAGCUACAACUUUAGAACAAGAUUCAUUAGCACUUGACUCUACUGCUGACCAAAGUUUGGUUAAUAUACUUUUAAAUAUGGCAGAAGAAGAAGAGCUCCAUAACAGCUUAGAACCCCUUUCUGCUCUAUCUGAAACAAGUUUAAUAAAUAAUGGCUUAGGUCACGAAGAAGAUGAUGAACAUGAUGAUGAUGAAAAUGAAAGCAUUUUGAUGUCGCAAACAGUUAAUGACAUCAUAAAUUAUCCUGAUAAUUCAUUUUUGUCUUCUCAGUCUUACAUAUGGAGCAAUCCUUUACUUGAUGAUCAAGAAAACCAAUGCGUAGAAAUGUUAAGUAAUUCACCAAUAGAAAGCAUUAAAUGUGACAAUAGUAAAGAUUCAACUGUUUUCAAUGAAUCAAGAGUAAAUAAAGAAAAAAAUUUUAUUCCUCAGUUAGAUGGAAAUUCCGAUUUAUGCAGAGAUUCGUCAAGUGAGGAUUUUCAAUCAUAUUCAAGGAAAAGAAAACGAAAAAAAUUAAAAAGUAAAUCAAAGAAAAAAUCUUCUAGCUUUGAAAUUAAUACAAGCUUAGAUAGUUCUACUAUCUCCUCUCUUACUUUAGAAAAUAUCUCCAACAAAAGUUCUCUAGAAUGUAGAAAAAAUUGUGUUGAUAAUAAUUUAAAAUAUAAUUUAAAAGAUAACUUUGUUUAUCCAAAAGUUUAUCCUAGUCGAGUUAAAAAUAAAAAUUCUCUCGAAAUUUCCGCUAUGCCUGUGUUAUGUUCAAAAGAUUGUUUGCUAAAAUCUAGUCCAAAUAUGAAACAGGAGAAAAAAAAGCGUACUCUAAAAACUACUUUAAAAUCAGAGAAAUCAGAGUUCUUUUUAAAAAAUAAAGAAUACUUGCAAAAAAAGUACAACUUGAAAAAUUGUCAGGUUGUUUUAUGCAACAACAAAUCUAUAACACAACAACAUUGCUCUUCUUCAAAACUUCAAGACUCCAAAAAUAAAUUGAAAUAUAAUUUAACGUCGACCACUAACAAACAUUUCUCCAGCAAAAAAUAUAAAACUCAAUCAGAUGUGAAUCAGAUUAAAACAAGUCUUGAGUAUAACACAGAUCAAGAAGAGUGUCUUAUUUCAGAAAGCCCUGGAGAAAUUGAUUGUUCAAGAAACUUGAUAAUGCUGACAGGUGUAACAAGUGUAACUUCGUUUAAAGAAAAUCAUUCUCCUACUUUAAUUUCUUCUUCACAGUUUAUUGAAGAACAAGUUUUGAAUACCAACCAAACAUGUUCAAAUGAUAAAGGAUCAGAGCGAACUUGCUCAAAGGAUGAAGUAUUUGAGCAAAUCUGCUUGAAUGAUGUAGUAUCAAAGCAAUCCUUCUUGAAUGAUGUAGUAUUGAAACAAAUUUUUUCUAAUGAUGAAAGUUCAGAGCAAACCUGCUUGAAUGAUGUAGUGUCAGAACAAAUCUUUUCUACUGAUGAUAGUUCAGAGCAAACCUGCUUGAAUGAUGUAGUAUUGGAACAAAUCUUUUCUAAUAAUGAAAGUUCAGAGCAAACCUGCUCAAAUGAUUUAAUAUUGGAACAAAUCUUUUCUAAUAAUGACAGUUCAGAGCAAACCUGCUUGAAUGAUGUAGUAUUGGAACAAAUCUUUUCUAAUGAUGAAAGUUCAGAGCAAACCUGCUCAAAUAAUUUAGUAUUGGAACAAAUCUUUUCUAAUGAUGAAAGUUCAGAGCAAACCUGUUUUAAUGAUAAAAAUUUAAAACCAACCUGGUCUUAUGAUGAAAAAUCGGAACAAACCUGCUCUAAUAAUAAAAUAUCUGAGCCAACCUGCUCAAAUGAUGCAGAAAUAAUGCAAACCAGUUUAAAUGAAGAAAUAAGGAACAAUACUUUAAAUAGUAAUUUAAAAGUUUUAUCUUAUUGUAAUAAAGAACCUGAAACAUUAACACUGAGAGAGACACUUUUUUAUAAGGAAGACAACACAAGUUACAAUGAAACGGCACUACCAUUUACAAAAGUUGGGGUUUUAGAAAUUAAUGAUUCUGCAGAUAAAGCUUCAACAAAAAGUAGUCAACAAAACUAUUUAGAAAAUAAAAAAAAAACUUGUCACAAAAGACUUAAGUAUCCAGUUUCCUCUGUUCAAAAUUGCUCAUCAAGUUUUACCUUUUCAAUGAAUAACUAUAUAUAUACUCCCCUUGAGAAGCCACCUUCAUAUAACAAAGUUUUAAGUACGCUAGGUAAAAAUAAUCUCCAGGAAAUAACUUAUGAGGUGCCGUUUUAUAGUGACAAAACGGAUGUAGCUGGAACACUAACUGAAAAGAACAAUCCAAGUUGUAGAACAAAAGUAAAAGCUCUUCCAAAAUAUUCUACAAACCUUCCUCUUGUAACACUUGAUUAUUUACAACAAAAUCAGCUUCAGCAACUACAAUUAGAUAUAUUUACAUCUCCAAGUGGCUAUGAUCAAGCACAUCCAUUACUAGCUGAUAUAUUGAACUCAAGCAAAAUAGUAGUAAUAACACCGUGUUUGCAACCACCUAAAUAUUCUGCAGUGCUUCAUUGGUUACACAAUCAAAAAGAAUGCAAGAGUCCAAUAAAAAAAUCUCAUAUUCAUGAAAAAUAUUUAAAACCAGAUGGUGAUAUUGCUUUACAGAAAGAAUCACUUCAGGUUAAUCCUGAUAUAGAGAAUGCAUGUUUGUUUCCAGCUUUAGCAACAUCUCCUUCUUUGCAGAACUCAAAUGAACCUGAAAUAUCUACUCCAUGUGGUUUUUUUAGUGAUAAAGAUCCAAUAGUUGCUUUUGAAGUUGGUGAAAUUCAGAGUCAUAAGAAAACCACCUUUAAAGGCAUCAAUUCUUCUGAUAUUGAAGGAUUUACACCUAAUAAUACAUAUGCAUUCAAGACAACCCAGCAAAACAUUUCCAAUGCUAAAGCUAUUCAUUUUAAUCAAUCUCUUACAAUUGUUAGCAUUGAGCUUCAUAUUCAAACAAGAAGAAAUCUUAGACCUGAUCCAACUAUUGAUCCUAUAAAUUCAAUAUUCUACACUAUGCAUCAAGAAUUGUUAAACAUUGAUGUUUCUGGAGUGUUUAUUACUGAUACCUGUAUGAUUUCCCAAAAUAGUACUCAAUUGUUGAAGAAAGCUGGUAUUGCUAUAUCAUCAACUCACUGUUUUAGUGAUGAGCUGCUUAUGCUGAAAGGGUUUAGCUCUUUUAUACAAGAGCAUGAUCCUGACAUUCUUGUUGGUUAUGAGGUUCAAAUGCUUUCAAUUGGUUAUUUAAUUGAAAGAGCAGCAGCUCUAAAUUAUAACAUGUGUCAUGCUAUGUCUCGUAUUAGUAGUACUGAAGUUUACUCCAAAAAGAUUCAAAAAGAUCAGGAAGACAACUGGUUUGGCCAGCUCGUUUCCAUGGAAAUUACUGGAAGAAUAAUUUUAAACCUGUGGAGAAUAAUGAGAAGCGAGAUUGCAUUGCAAAUAUACACUUUUGAAAAUGUGUUUUAUCAUAUUUGUCAUCAAAGAGUUGCUGCUUAUUCAUUUUGCAGUUUAUCUGAAUGGUGGCUUACAAAUAGCUCACGUUGGAGAGUUAUUGAUUAUUAUUUAAAACGGUGUCAAGGAAACAUUAGGUUAUUGGACCAAAUUGAUUUUAUAAAUAGAACAAGCGAACUGGCAAGAAUAUUUGGAAUUUUAUUCUACUCAGUUAUUUCUCGUGGUUCGCAGUUUCGAGUCGAAUCAAUGAUGUUAAGAAUUGCAAAGCCAAUGAACUUCAUUCCUAUGUCACCUAGUCCUCAUCAAAGAGCAAGAAUGUCUGCUCCCGAGUGUAUUCCACUAGUUAUGGAGCCAGAAUCACGUUUUUAUGUUGAUCCUGUAAUUGUAUUAGAUUUUCAAUCAUUGUAUCCAUCUAUUAUAAUUGCAUACAACUACUGUUUUUCGACUUGCAUUGGAAGAGUUAAACUUUGUGCAGAAAAUGAGCUGUUCAACUUCGGUGCAGCAUCUUUAAAUCUUCCAUUUCAUGUGUUACAAGAACUUUUAAAUGAUUCGAAUGUUCAUAUUUCUCCAAAUGGUGUAGGUUUUGUCAAGAAAGAUGUCAGAACCGGAAUUAUACCAAGAAUGUUAGACGAAAUUUUAUUGACUCGUGUAAUGGUGAAAUCAUCAAUGAAAAAAGCUAAAGCUAAUAAGGUGCUUUAUAAACUAUUGGACUCUCGGCAGUUAGGCUUAAAAUUAAUUGCUAAUGUAACAUACGGCUAUACAGCAGCUAAUUUUUCUGGCCGAAUGCCAUGCAUUGAGGUUGGAGAUAGUGUUGUAAGAAAAGGAAGGGAAACAUUAGAGCGAGCAAUACAUUUAGUUAACUCUACAGAAAAAUGGAAUGCUAAAGUUGUUUAUGGUGAUACUGACAGCUUGUUUGUUUUGCUAAAAGGUGCUUCAAAAGAAACUGCUUUUGCUGUUUCAGCAGAAAUAGUAGAUGCGGUUACAGCACUAAACCCAAAGCCAAUAAAAUUAAAGUUUGAAAAGGUUUAUCAGCCUUGUUUUUUGAUUACAAAAAAGCGCUAUGUGGGUUACAUGUAUGAAAGUCUUGACCAGAAGGUACCUAUAUUUGAUGCCAAAGGUAUUGAAACAGUUCGAAGAGAUAAUUGCCCUGCGGUUGGUAAGGUUUUAGAGAAAUCUUUACGUAUACUCUUUGAAAAAAAUGACUUGAGUUUGGUAAAAAAAUACGUACAAAAUCAAUUCGUUAAAAUUAUGGAAGGAAAUGUCAUUUUGCGUGACUUCAUUAUUGCUAAAGAAUACCGUGGUUUGAACAAUUAUAAACCCGGGGCUUGUGUACCUGCACUAGCGCUGACAAGGAAACAGUUAAAACUAGAUCGUCGUGCAGAGCCUCGUAUUGGCGAGCGAGUACCAUAUGUAAUUUCUCACGGAAGUCCUGGAUUAACAUUGAUUCAAUUAGUUCGAAGUCCCAUGGAAUUGAUUCAUAAUAACAAUUUACGUUUGAAUGAAGCGUACUACAUUACUAAGCAGCUAUGCCCAUCAUUAGAUAGAAUAUUCUCAUUGAUUGGGGUGAAUGUAGCAAAAUGGUUUGUUGAUUUACCUCGAAUAACGCGUGUCAAUGAUCGUGAAUUCGAAUGUGAUGACAACAAAAAAGGUAUGAUUUCGCAUUACUUUUCCAGUAACCACUGUUUAAUUUGUUCACAAUUAACCAACCAUAAAGUAUGUAUUGAUUGUCGAAAUGAUUCUCAACGUACCGUCUUUUUUCUUAACUCUAAGUGUAGAGCAAUUGAGCGUCGUUACAUACAUUUUACUACGCUGUGUCAGCAUUGCACAAGUACUCGUUUUCUCCAAUCAAACUGUGUAUCUUUAGACUGUCCAAUUUUCUUCAAACUUUCAAAUAUAUCCAGAGAUCUUCAAAGAACUAAAGAAGUUCGCCAUAUUAUUUCAGAAUUUUAAAAAAUAUUUAAUUUGAUGCUUGUAAUUAUUCUCACAUACAUAAAAAUGUUAGCAACUUUA